AUGGCUCCCAAGCAACGCGUCGUCGUACAAUCUGGCCCAGUGAAGAAGCGGCAGCCGGAAUCAGGUCUUUCUCAAAUCUACCAUACCAUCACAUCUCCUGAUAAUGCAUCCAUUGUGAGAAGCGUGCUGGUAUUCGGGGCCGCCGUCGCAAUCUUGCAUAGCAGUCUGAGUGAGCUGCUUAUUCCUCAAUUGUAAUCGAACCACGUUUUCGCCCGCUUUCACAAACUCUCCCAAACCGUGCGAACAAAUAUGUCACCCGUCAACAGACCUUCUGCCCCAUGACGAAACAUUUGUAAAUGCACGCGCAUGGAAACCGACUGAGCGGUUGGCCAUGGAUGGAUUUCCUGAAGAAAGCCACCUUUUCAUUGUUGGAUUGCAUUGUACGAUAAAAUAUAUACGACCUAUGUUGAGCGGCUGGAUUUUCCCCUGAGACUUAGAAUUCUCAUCUUGUUUUUCUUUCCUACUAUGCUAUUACCCCUUUGAACAAAAAAAUAAUAAUAAUUACUGCUUGGGGGGCCAUUGCAUACUGCUCAGCCCCUGGUUCAGGAGCGCUACAGCGGUAUGAGCGGCAAGAGGAAGACAUCAACCUCGGAUCCUGUAUUGGCAAGAGAAGCGAAAACAGCUCGGCAUAU